AUGUCAGGCGCAGGUAAUAGAGAACAAGUCUUUCCAACCCGUAUGACCUUAGGGCUCAUGAAAACCAAGCUCAAGGGUGCGGAAACUGGUCAUUCUUUGUUGAAAAGAAAGUCCGAAGCUCUCACCAAAAGAUUUAGAGAUAUCACUAAAAGAAUUAAUGAUGCCAAGUUGAAGAUGGGCAGAAUUAUGCAAACGGCUUCUUUCUCUUUAGCUGAAGUGACCUAUGCCACUGGUACCAAUAACAUAAGCUACCAAGUCCAAGAAUCUGUCGGUAAUAAGGCUCGUUUCAAGGUUAAUGCUAAACAAGAGAAUGUUUCUGGUGUUAAAUUACCAGCUUUCCAGGCAUUCAUUGACGAUUCUAUUAAUGAUUUCAAAAUGACUGGUCUUGGUAGGGGUGGUCAACAAGUCCAAAAAUGUAAAUUAAUAUACUCAAAGGCCGUGGAAACAUUGGUGGAAUUGGCGUCAUUGCAAACUGCCUUUGUUAUCUUGGAUGAAGUUAUCAAGGUCACCAAUAGAAGAGUGAAUGCCAUCGAACAUGUCAUUAUUCCAAGAACCGACAACACAAUUAAAUACAUCAAUUCUGAAUUGGAUGAAUUAGACAGAGAAGAAUUCUACAGAUUGAAAAAGGUGCAGGAGAAGAAGCAGCAGCAAUUGGAAGAAGCAGAAAGAGAAGAAGAAUUGAAGAAACAAAAACUCAUUGAAAAGGCGACUGCUGCUAAAAAGUUGAAGGAGGAAGAGGCAGCUAGAGAAGCAGAAGCAGCAAGAGUAGCAAAGGCCGCCAGAGAAGCAGAAGCAGAAGCAGAAGAAAAAGCAAAAGAAAAGGCAGAAGAAAAUAUUAAAGACAAGGCCGAAGAAAAGGAAUCUGAGGAAGCAGAACAAGAAGAACAAGAAGAAACAAAUGAAGAAGAGGCCACUGUGGAUGAAAAUGAAAAGAAAACCGAAGAAGUUGAAACAAAGAAUACCACAACUUAUGAUGCAGCAGAAGAAGCAAAUGAUGUGCUAGAAAUACAGGACAAAGCAAAUGAAAUCCCAAGUGACUUGAUUAAUGGUGAUGACGAUGACGAUGUUAUUUUCUAG